CAAUAAUUGCUGAUUGAUCACUGAACGUUUUUUUCACUGAACGCGCCCCUUGUCUGAUUCAUAGUAUAACAGAAGAAACAGGGACUUCUCUCUCAUCCCGCAGUUUUCACGAGGUAGCGCGCGUUCCAAGUAAUAUAUAUUUCAGUGCUUGUAAAUGACAUAAUUAUAAAUAAUAUACCGAUUUUCUCCUUGUUUAUUUCACCAAACAUGUCAAUCUUAAACACGUUGCAUCGAGUGAGAUCGUUAGUACAAGCGAGUUUAUUUCAUAAACUCAAUCCAGUGAGAUCUAUCACGUAUUCGCUUGUACGUUUUUCGGAAAAUUUAGAAGAGAACACCGCUGAAAACACAAGCACGGUUGUAAAUACUGCACCCGAAACCAAGCAUACACGAAUUUCGAUAGAAACAAGCAUCAAGUAUAUGACAAGUGAUGCUUACAAGCAGACUUAUGGAGACAACUUAGUAUGGAAAUUAUAUAGAAGAAAUCAUAAAGGAGCAAUUCCUCCUAAGAAAACACGAAAAACUUGUAUAAGAGCUGGUCAAGUCUGUGGGAAUCCUUGUCCUAUAUGUAGAGACGAAUAUCUUAGAUUGGAUUAUAGAAACGUCAAGUUACUUGAACAGUUUAUCAAUUCAUAUAAUGGAGAUAUUCUAAGUUAUAUGAAGACAGGUAUCUGCCAAAAAAAAUAUAAAGAACUUUUAGUUGCUAUAACUAAAGCUAAAGAUUACGGUACCAUUAUAUUUGAUGUUCCUGUAAGGCAGUAUGAUUAUUCAGAGUGGCAAACAACAAAGAAUUAAUCUUUUAUAAUUAGUUAUUAUUUCCCCUGUUAAUUAUG